AUGGUUGAGUUUAGUGAGUUGCCUAGCCGGGUGAUUGAGCGGGUAAUUGGGUAUUUACCGCAACAAGAUGUGAUUAAUUUGAUGUUAACUAAUUAUCAAUUUUAUCAACCGGGAUUGAAAAAACUUUACAGGAAAAUUUCGAUUCAGAUCGAUCCAAUAUUGGUUGCCAAACCUAGGGAGGCUAAACAUUAUAAGAUCGACUAUCUUGAUAGUAACGAGACGGUAUUGUAUGGGUUUCAAUCGACAUCAAAUGAUUAUGAAACUCAUGAAAAAUUAUUAAAAGUACGAAUAACUGCUUUGAUUUUGGCCAUUAGCGUAAACCAUGAGUUAGCAGAGUAUAUCGAGGAGAUUUAUAUUGAUGACCAUAAGUAUAAGAUUGAUACCAUUAAGGAAAUGAACAAGUUAUUUGAAGUUUUGUCCAGUUUAAAGAGUAACUUGAAAAAAAUCUAUACGAAUCAUAGAUUGAGAAAGUUGAUCAAGUAUAAGAAACUAGUUAGUGAAUUCAAGUUAGAAUCGGUUAUUAUCGAUAGUAUUGAAGAUUUCAAUUUACUUCGGGGUAAUGAACGGGAGUUGAUGAUUACAUUUAAGGAGAAAAGUGAUUUCCACUACUAUGAUUUUGGGAAAUUAUCUUUGGAUAGUUUAAUCAUUAUAAACGAUGAAGUAUUAUACGGACAAGUAAUAAAAUAUUUCAAUGAGUGUUUUGGAAUUAAGCCAUUUAAAUUCAAAUUGCAAAAAUUCAAUUAUUACCAUUCGCAUUAUCCCCAUGAAUUACCGUUUAUCAAUUUUGAUAAUAUCAAACAAUUACAAUUGUCAAUUGGAUGUAAUGAAUUACAAUGUCAACAAACGUGCUACGAUUUGAGUCAAUUCGAAUACCCUAGUCUUGAUACGGUACUAAUCAUUCAAAAUACCGAUGCCAAGUUGACUAAUCAUGAAAAUAACGAAAAAUGGGAUAUAACCAUUUUCAAUUACAUUAGGAAACUCUUCAACCAAACUAAAUUGACCAACUUAUCAAUACGUCAUAAUCCCAAUAACGAGGGAAUUAUAAAUGACGGAUACGAGGGGAACUACUUGAGAAGAGAAAAGUUAUACGGCAAAAUAUUACCCAAUUUUUUAACUAAUCAACAGGGAAUUAACUUAUUUUACCCUAAUUUAGUCACCAGUUUAUCCUGUUAUGAACCGGCAAUGAAUGUGCUUAUGUGGAACGGAUGUAAGUGCGCUCAUUGUACUAAAUACUUGGGGUUAUUGGAUGAAUUCCUAAUCCAUCACAAGUACUAUAAUUUCAAAACUGAACUAUAUAAAGAUUUGAUAACUUGCAAUUUAAUUAGUGUUAUUUCCACUAAAUUAAGUUCAAGAUUGACAUUUGAUGAAUUAAUCGGAGAUUUUUUAAUAAAUGCGAAACCGUUGAAAAAUAUAAGUUGGGAUUUCCACCAAAAUCACUUUUCAAUUCCGUUUAAAUGCUUAAAUUAUAAGAAUUACGAAGAAGCGGAUUUCGAAGACGAUAAAGACCCCAUUGACGAAGAACUAUACUUUGACGCCGAGUCUUGUCCCAACGAUUGUAAGUUUUACAAUAUCCCGUUCCAUAAUAAAAUUACCAUCUGCAUUUCUCAUUAUAUCAACGAUUUAAUUCUCAAAAUGAUCAAUUUAAAUCGCGGCAACGCCGAAGACGUUGUAAUUGGCGGUAUAAACGAUGAGAAUGAUGGAUCUACUUCUUUCCAAUUGAACAAACUACUUAUAAAUGGUUUGGUUUAUCAUUUUGACCAUGAACUAAAUGGUACUGCCUUCUUCAGUAACAUCCAUGAUGAUACAUAG